AUGGCAGCAGCCGUGCGAGCAAUGUGGGCUCAUUUUGGUGUUCCUGGUCAAGACUUCCAAGAGAUUGGGUUACUCCUUGAUUUGACAUGCAAGUUCGAGGAGAUAUUGGAGGAAUGGCCGAUUGCACAGGGCUAUUUCUGCCUUCCUGCCGAAGCUGCAGACAGACUCAAGGCGAACCAUCGGGACUUCGCAUGCUUGUAUGUCAUGGUCGGGGACCGCUUUCAGAGCGAAGGUCGUCGGGCCUUCAAUCCUACAGAAAAGAUGCAUGCCUGCGAGCAUAUCAUCAUGAUCAGUCACUUGAUUCAUCCUGGCCUCACAUCUUGCUGGCGAGGGGAGGAGAGAAAUCAAGGGUCUCCUGCUUUGGAAAAACACGUACUCGCACAAUCCAAAGGGUUUUUUUGUGUGUAG